UUUACUGGGUCCCUUUGCAGUAGUGUGGACUGGAGAGUUGUAGACAGAGCCGAGCAGAAGCGUGAACAAACAGAAGUAGUGCCAUAAAGUGAACAUUUGACACUAUCGCAAAGCUUUUCACUUUUACCGCGUGGAUCCGUCUUACUGUCAUCAGAGAGGGACGCCGACAGCUUACAACGCGCGCGCGUCAGCUGGCAUGAGCUAACCGACCAGACAUGGAAACAAAACCUUUCUUGUCAUUGGGGUUCCUGAAGCCCCAGUGCUCAAUACCACCACCGCCUCAGAGAGGACGAGCAGAAGCAUGUACGUGUUUCAGCGGAAUGUGUGCUCUUCAUCAGCGCAGACUUUCUACAGACUCCUCAGGACAUGUGACGUCCUCUCCUCUCAGCUCGCCCACGUCCCACCGAGGGAUGCAUCCGUCACUGCUCAGCCCGACUUCUUUAGGCCACUCGGGGUCCCUGCAUUCCCCCAUCAGCACUCUGAGCUCGCCCAUGAACGGCCUGGGCUCUCCCUUCUCUGUCAUCAGCUCGCCCAUGGGGCCACAUUCCAUGGGGUCACCAGGGAUGGGUUACGGCCACAGCGUCAGCCCACAGCUGAACUCGCCCAUGAACUCUGUCAGCAGCUCAGAAGAUAUCAAGCCGCCCCUGGGCAUCAACGGUGUGAUGAAGGUGCCAGCCCAGCCCUCGUGCACCCCCCUCUCCCUCACCAAACACAUCUGUGCCAUCUGCGGCGACCGCUCCUCAGGUAAACACUACGGUGUGUACAGCUGCGAGGGAUGCAAGGGUUUCUUCAAGAGGACUGUGCGUAAGGACCUGACCUACACUUGUCGAGACAACAAGGACUGUAUGAUCGACAAACGCCAGCGCAACCGCUGUCAGUACUGCCGCUAUCAGAAGUGUUUGGCCAUGGGCAUGAAGAGAGAAGUAUUGUUACAUACAGCCGUCCAGGAGGAGCGCCAGCGAGCCAAGGAACGCAACGAGAACGAGGUGGAGUCGACCAGCAGCGUGAAUGAAGACAUGCCCGUGGAGAAGAUCCUGGAAGCAGAGCUUGCCGUGGAGCCCAAAACAGAGACUUACAUUGAGACCAAUGUACCUAUACCUUCAGAUUCACCCAAUGAUCCAGUCACAAACAUCUGUCAGGCCGCAGACAAGCAGCUCUUCACUCUAGUGGAAUGGGCCAAGAGGAUCCCGCAUUUUUCUGAGCUCCCGCUGGACGACCAGGUCAUUCUUCUAAGAGCAGGAUGGAAUGAGCUCCUCAUUGCGUCAUUUUCACAUCGUUCGAUAACAGUGAAGGACGGGAUACUGUUGGCCACGGGAUUACACGUGCACCGGAACAGCGCCCACAGUGCCGGAGUAGGAGCCAUAUUUGACAGGGUGCUGACAGAGUUGGUGUCAAAGAUGAGAGACAUGCAGAUGGAUAAAACAGAGCUAGGGUGCCUUCGAGCCAUCGUCCUUUUUAACCCAGACUCCAAAGGCCUGUCGAACCCUGGUGAGGUGGAGGCGCUGAGAGAGAAGGUCUAUGCCUCUCUGGAAGCCUACUGCAAACAGAAGUACCCUGAACAACCUGGAAGGUUUGCUAAGCUGUUGCUGCGGCUCCCUGCCCUGCGUUCCAUUGGACUGAAGUGUUUGGAGCAUCUGUUCUUCUUCAAGCUCAUAGGGGACACACCCAUCGACACCUUCCUCAUGGAGAUGCUAGAGGCGCCCCACCAAAUGACAAUGACAUAACGCCCUCCUGUCGCUGGGGGUAACAAGGGUCUACCACCCCAAAGGCCCUGAAGAAACGGAACACGUGACACCAUUUGCCAGAGCAGACGGACUUUCAGAACCACCGCUCAACUCAGCGUUUCCAAUACACAGUCAUGGAGUCCAUGGGUCUGUUUUAUACUUUGUAUAAAGAUAUAAAUAUAUAUAUAUAUAUUACGCAUAAGAAAAAAAAGAUGACAAUGGACUUGAAGCCCAUAGACAAUACUGGACACCGGUGUAUCUAUCCUUCAAUGGAUAAAUAUGAAAAAAAAAUGGAAAAAAAGAAUAUAUUUGAUGGAGAUGCAGUAAUUGCAGGAAUGUCUUGCGCAGGAUCGUGUAUGUUGGGAUAUAAUGGGUCCUAUGGGAGGGAUCCAUGGCUGUAAUCGGCCUCAUGUGGCUGAUGGAUGGGCCGACUUUAGCAGUCUUGCAUUCGGGAUUGAGGCUGGGCUGCCGUUUCUGGGCGCAUGAAGACUUAUGGGAGAUGAUUAUGAUGGCAAUGCGGGGUAAUGAUCUGGGUUUCUAACACAAACAUUGUGUUUUCAGCCCCUGGUGGGAGUUUUUGCGAUUACAAUCCUGCUGCAAUUGCCAUUUUUCCCUCAAGUGGGCUGUUCCUGAUAGAAUGUUCCUGUAAUUACUGUCAUUUAAAAAGUGAGGUUGCUCUGAACGAAGGACCCAAGGGAGGAAUCACAGGCCGCGUUGGUUCUCCAAGCUCACCCCCAGUGUAAUCAGGUGUGGGUAGUAGACACAAUAAGGACGCAACUUCAGGAUCAGAAAGGAAGGGAUGCCCGAGGUCGCUGUGAGUAGAUUCUAAGUCUAAUGAGCCACUUUGAGUUUUGGAUUAUGAUCAUUCACACUUUUUCAUUAUGCACUCGAAACAUGAGCUUUUAAAAAAACCAAUCUGCCUGUUCUCAGAGCUCAUGAUGCCGAAACGUGAAUAAGGUAAACAAAGGACACUUAUAGUGGACAUCCUGCCACCUAGAAGUCGCCCACAUGUCCCACUGUGAGUCUCGUCUGUCUGUAUACUAAUUCACCUCAAGUGAUUUUCCGAACUUGUUCGACACUUGUACAGUUUAUUACAACCAAUUCAGUAUUGGUAUCCUGUAUUAUUCUUUUUUUUGAAUGAUUUUUCAAAACGUGUGCCGUUACCUCUCUUUCAGUCACUUUUAUCAAGGUAUAUCGAGUCCUUUGUGUCGCCCAUCCUCUGCCGUUUGCACCAGCCGUCUCAUGCAGUCAAGUCUUGCAAGUGUGUGUUAUCAUUAGGAUGUUUCUAAGCACUUAACCUCAUGUUUCAGAUGUUGUGUUGUUUUGAGAGAAUGGAGGUUUCGGGGCCUUUUUUUUU